AUAUUAUCUAUGUAGAAGUUAUAGGCUAGACUGAGGUAUGCUUCUAGUGAGUACAACCAACUAGUAUUUGUUCUAGGUUUCCACCUCUAGUAAUUAUUCCUCACCAGUUGUAUUUUCCCCAGCCAAAAGCAUAACGCAGCCCAGCUUCGAAAAGACUCAUCACCUUCGUUUCUUCACCUCACCCUAUAGCACACUGACAGCAGCUUAGUCACCAGAUACGGUUUGUCUCUGAUAGCGAAUCUCCGUUUACCAUGACGACCCGCGGUUCCAGAUUACUUCCCCUGGCCCUCCUUCUCCUCGCACUCUCUGCGCAAUUAACGGCGCACGCGGCUGGCAGGCCGGCCGCCCCCGCGCCAAAAGAAACCCUGGCGGAGAAAGCCGCGCGGCUGCGCGCAGCAGCGGACAAGUCCGCAGCCGCGUUGGACGCCGCGCAGUCAGCCGCGGCCGCGCGGCUCCAGGCGGAGCAGGAAGCGGCUGCGGAGGUCGAUGCAGCGCAAUCAGCGGCGCAAGACGCGGCGGUGGCGUGGAAUGCGGCGAAAAAGGCGUCGGGCACGAAGAAGCAAGCCGCAACCAGCUCAAGAAAGAGCGCGAAUACCGCUAAGGCGAGCCUCGCUCCGAUUAAGAAGAAGGUUGAUUCCUACAACGCCGCGCAGAACAAUGUCAAGGCCUCUGAGAAAGCCCUGGCGGACGCGAAAACGAAGCGCCAGAACGCGGAGGCCGCCGCCGCCGCGCAGCAGAACGUCGCCAGCGGCGCAUCCGCCGCCGCCGCCGGCUUAAGCGCGCGCAGCGCCGCGGGACAGAAGGCGGCGAAAGAGCAGAAGAAAGCCGCGGAGCUGAAAAAGAACGUCGAUGCCGCGACGAAGGAAGAGACCAAGGCGUCCGCUGCGGUGACUAAGGCUAGGAGCGCCCUCGCUGCCGCCACGCUGACCGCGCAGGAGCAAGCGACGCUGGACGGCGCAAACGCGGCGGAAGCCUCGGCGGUUCAGGCGGAAGCCGACGCGAAGGCGGCGGAGGCGCAGGUGAAGGCGGCGGAGCAGGGCGUGAAGACGGCCGCGGAGAAGGUCACCCGCGCAAAGGACAAGCGCGCCAAGGCGCAAACCCUCCGCCUGGCCGCGGAGAAGGUGGCCGAGAAGGCGUCCGCGGAGGCACAGGCGGCGGAAGGUCUGGCGAUGGAGGCGGAGCAGGAGUGGGAAGCGACGCAGACGCCCGCGCAGGGGUCGGAUCCCGCGCCUGGCUCGGACCCUUCCCCCCCCGGGCCUGGCGAUGGUGGUAACAGUGGCGAUGCUCAGCAGCAGCAGAAUGCGAACAGCCCCCGGUCUUUCCUGCCAAGUUGGCUCUUCGGUUAAUCAUGACUGUGAAUGUUUGUGCA